AUGCUCUAGAUGGGCCUCUUAGAUUCACACUUCAGGAUAUCCGUCGGGGAAAUUGUAUGAUUUGUCUGUUGGUGGCGCCGCCAUGGUUGAGAAAGACAAAUAACAUUCAAAAGUCCUCACCUCUAACGCUAGGCAUUGACUGAGAAUGGUCACUAGGCGGCCUGACACGCAGGCCAAUUCAUCGCCCACGCUGCAUAAAUCGGACGUAUCGCAAGUAUCGUCCCAGGUAAUCCGGUCGCUCGUGAUCGGGAUAUACAGUCAAAUGGCUUCGAUUACUGUAUUUGGCAAGGCUUUUCUCCUCCAUAUUGUUGUGUCUGCUGGGACAUGCAUUCAAUUCUGGAUAGCGUCGCUUGUCCAGGAAGCGUUCAGGCAUUUACGCAUACAGAAUACAUGUCUGACGACCUGUGAUGGCAGGGAUUGUUUCUUGAUCUCCAUCGAACACAGCCUGCAAUAUCGAAUUUGUUUUUGGUGUACGUGGCGCCACUAUUGUUACAGUUCAAGCUGGCAAAGGAGCAGGAUAAUCGACGGUUGAACCAUAUAAAUCCAGGUGUUGCCGGCCUUUAACAGCUAAUCUACCCAAGCUCAAGUUCAUGCUCACCCAAUAGCUCCUAAGGCUCCUCAACCCACUCGAAGGUCUGCUGCGUUCCUUGGAUACAGCU